AUGGCUCGUUUAAAAAAUUCUUCAGCCAGUUCAAUCACUCGGGCUCUUUUUGGAGGUGCCUCGUGUCCUAGUUUACCAGUCUUUAAAGAUGAGGAAGAUAUAACCUCCUACCAAAUCAAGUUUGAGCGCCUUUCUAGCCUGUUAAAUAUCAAAGAAGAAACAUUAGCUAUUAGAGUAGGAAGUUUGUUGACAGGAAAGGCAGUUGAUAUCUACACCUCGCUGCCUCCGGAAAUUACAUCAGAUUAUCAGUUGUUAAAAAAAGCUCUCUUGUGGGGUUAUAGUAAAACUCCAGCUAGUUAUAGGAAUGACUUUAGAUCUGCUAAAAUAAAAUAUGGUGAAACCUAUGAGCAAUUUGCUGUAAGGCUAGGUCGGUUAUUUGACUAUUGGGUGGAUGCGUGCGCCAUCACAAAAGAUUAUACAUCUCUUCGUGAUUUUAUGUUGCUGGACCAACUAAUGUCUUCCAUUUCACCAGAUCUGCGAGUAUAUGUGAAAGAACACAACGUCUCUUCUUUAUCUGAUGCAGUAAGUCUGUCAGAUAAUUGGGCCUCUGCUCACAGUGCAUACCCCAAGUCAUAUCAGUCCUCUGACCAAGGUAAGAGAAGUGUGGCUCCAAAGUUCUCAACUCCAGCUCAUUCAGCUAUGAAUAGGGAUUUUUCAUCUGUGAAGUGUCAUGGGUGUGGUGACGUAGGACACAUAAGGUCUCGCUGUCCUAAAAAUCCCCUAGCUUACAAACAAUAUUCCUCAGUUACAACUCAUAAAGUUGGAUUUAGUCUGAGUGACAGAGGAAAUUCUAAGUUUAUGACAGCUGGUACCUUGAAUGGGGUGUGGGUAUCCACUAUUCUCAGAGAUACAGGGUGCACUUGUGUUAUUGUAUCUGACAAGGUUUUACCUGAUGUUGAUGUCUCUAGUGCUGAUCUGGUGGGGAUAGAAGAUUAUCUGGGCCGAGUGGAUUAUUUCCCCAAAAUUAAAUGCUUCUCGAAGUGUCCAUACUUCGAAGGUUGGGUUGAUGUAGUGAGAGCACCAAUUAAAUUUUGCAGUAUUUUGGUUGGGAAUGUACCAGGGGCACAUGCUCCCAAAUUAUCUCCAGAUUCUGACUUUAAUGUAACUCGACAUUCACAUACCACUCUUGAUUCUUCUUUUGCAAUUCAAACUAGAUCCUCUAAAGUAAAAAGGGUUCACCCUUUAGUCUUACCAGAGAUUGAACCCCUUAAAGUAACUCCAAAGGAAUUUGCAAAAUUGCAGGCAGAAUGUCAUUCUCUGACCCAAUUUUGGAAAAAAAUUAAGACCAAUGAAAUUGAUAAAAUGCGAGACGGCACAGAGUUUAAGUAUGAGAUAAGAAAUGGUCUACUUUACCGUACUUGUGUUGCUUCACAGCACUGUGAAAGGGUAGGUAAAUCUUCCCUAGUAGUACCUAGCGAAUGUAGAGCUAUCAUUCUCUCAGUAGGACAUGAGAGCCCCUUGGCUGGUCAUUUCUCUCAUCGGAAAUCAGAAAUGCGUAUUAAGGACCAUUUCUAUUGGCCAAACAUGGGGGCUGAAAUCAGGGAUUUCUGUAAAUCUUGUGAUAAGUGUCAGAGGAUGUCGACUAAAGGUAGAGUAAGACCAGUACCAUUAAAGUCUAUGCCUAUUUUAACGGAGCCAUUUUCUCGCGUUUCCAUUGACUUGGUAGGUCCUUUAUCUCCUCCAUCUUCUGAGGGUCACCGUUAUAUCUUAACCUUGAUAGAUUUUGCAACUGGUUUUCCAGAAGCAUUACCUCUUAAAGAGAUUGAUUCCAUAUCUGUAGCCGAAGCCCUUCUGGUGAUCUUUUCAAGGGUUGGUAUACCUCGGGAAAUUUUGUCUGAUAGAGGAAGACAAUUUGUUUCCCAACUAAUGGGUGAAUUACACAAAUUAUUGGGAGUUAAGCCACUUUUUACUACUCCCUAUCAUCCUAGUGGGAAUGGAAGGGUGGAAAGACUUCAUGCAACUCUAAAAGCUUCCCUAAGGAAAUUGUGUAGCGACAAACCACGAGAAUGGCACAGAUAUCUCGUCCCCACAUUGUUUGCUAUGCAUGAGAUUCCUAGCGAUCGAACUGGGUUUUCAGCUUUCGAGCUACUUUAUGGACGGACAGUCCGAGGGCCACUUUCAGUUUUAAGGGACUUGUGGGAAGACACAACCAUUAAGGAUGAUGAUAGAUCUUCUUUUCAAUAUGUCAUUGAAUUAAAAGAUAAGUUGGAAGAGUGUGCCAAAAUUGCAGCUAAAAAUGCUGAGAUUAGUUCCUCUAAAUUCAAAUCAUACUUUGACUUAAAAUCUCAGGAUAGGAAAUUUAAUCCAGGUGAGGAAGUUCUUGUACUCCUCCCUGAUAGCAGUAACAAAUUACUCUUGUCAUGGAAAGGCCCAUAUACUGUUCUGGAAUGCCGUAACAAGGUAAAUUAUCUUAUAGAUGAAGGUGGAAAACCCAAGUUGCUUCAUGCUAACCUUCUAAAGAAGUAUCAUAGGAGAGCCAUAAGUUGCCAAUCUAAUGUUAUGGACGAAGAAAGUAAGAUAGAUGUAGAAACCAACCCAAAAGUAGUUCAGAAUUGCAUUCUUGAAGAUGCUGAAUUGUGCAAUAGUAAUUUUCCUUUAACUACUGAUGGAGAAAUGUCCAUUUUGCCCGAGAAAGACCAACCUGAUGUUUGCUCUGAUCUUUCAGCAGAGCAGAAAUCUGAUAUUCAAUCAUUAACUACCAAUUUUCGAGAUGUAUUUUCAUUAAUUCCUGGUUGUACCAACACCUUAGAGCAUGAUAUUGAAGUUAAUACUACAGAACGUAUUAAGUCUAAGAUUUACCCCAUUCCAAUACAUUUAAAGUCGCACUUUGAAGCGGAAGUAGACCGAUUACUUGAACAAGGGAUAAUACAGCUAUCGUCCUCCCCGCAUUCGUCUCCAGUUGUCAUGGUAAAAAAGUCAGAUGGUAGCUACCGUAUGGCCAUAGAUUAUCGAGCUGUUAACUCUGUAACUAAUUUCCAUGCUGAGCCAGCUUGCAAUAUGGAAGAAGACCUGUAUAAAUUUUCAGGAUGUAAAUAUUUCUCCGAGUUAGAUCUUACUAAAGCUUAUUACCAAGUCAAACUUUCAGAGAAAGCCAGACCUUUAACGGCAUUUCCCUCACACAAGGGUCUAAUGGAAUUUUGCCGAAUGCCUUUCGGGUUGGUAAAUGCUUGUGCCACUUAUGUUCGCCUUAUGCGCAUUGUUUUAGCUGGGUUAAAGAAUGUUUCCUUCUACUUUGAUAAUAUUUUCAUCCAUACUAAAACUUGGGAAGAACAUACUCAGGCCAUUCUUUCAGUACUACAAAGAUUACGUGAGCACAACCUCACUGCCAAACCUUCCAAGUGUAGAUUCGGUUUUAAGUCUAUUCCGUAUUUAGGAUUUAUUCUUGAUGGUAACUAUUUGCAUCCAAAGCUUGAUAAAAUAGAAGCCAUACUUAGUUUACCACCACCUUGCACAAAGAAGACUUCCUUGGCUUAA